AUGGGGUGGCGGAGACAAGGCACCUCAUUGAUAUCACCACAAAGGACCACUAACAAUCAGCUGGAGUUGAGGGACAGUAAUGUCCCCAGAACAAGGGAGGUAACUUACACCUGUGAAGCAGGAGUGUUGGCAGAUGCAGGUUUCCCUGCACUGACAGUGACCAAGAACAUGACUGUUUAUUUUCCGCCCAAUAUCACAACGCUGAGGUACCUUAACGAAACUGAUACAUAUCGACCAGUCGGAACAAGCGACAUCAGAAUCGCAGAAGGUUUCAGUUUGGUGCUCAGUGUUGAUGUUGACAGUAACCCAAAUAAAGGUGUAAUUUUAAUGCGUAACCAGAAAAAAGUUGCGAAGGGUGCAGCUUCUGACACUGCUGGAAGAUACAAUGUUGAAUUAAAUAAUCUUCAGUGUAACCACACAGGAAGGUAUGGCGUCAGGGCGACCAACUUCGUCACUCAUAAUAGAAGUAAUGUCAAUCCCGAGAUGAGACAGUUUGGACUUCAAGUCAGUUGUGUUCCACGAAGAUUAGGAUCUACUUACAAUGAAAUUGGACUAGCAGGAAGAAAGGAUCAGACGAUCUCACUCAAUGUCACAGUAAUCGCCAACCCAUCGCCAACUGGCCAAUGGUCCGAUGGUGUGAGGAACCAUUCUGUUCUACAAAACAACAACUAUACGUAUACUGUCAGGGGAAAUGUCCAGGUCAGGUCUGUGAACGACUACCGAAAAUAUCACGUUAACAUCACUAACGGUAUACAAGGGGUAUUGACAGUCACAUUCCAGAUUCGUCCUGAAGAUGUACCAGAUAGACCGAUCAACUUUAGUACAUCAGAUGUGGGAUCUGAUAAUGUCAGAGUCAUGUGGACACCAGGAUUUGACGGUGGGAAUCCACAACAAUUCCAUGUUGACAUUAUGGCAGUCGGCAAAGAAUGGGUUACCGACACAUUGAAUAUCUCUGAUGAAGGUCAGGGAGUACCGAUGACACACACACUUGAGGGACUCGCCCCUUCCACUGACUACAUCAUCAGACUCAAUGUUUCUAACAAAAUUGGAAAAGGAAAUUCCUCGGAGAUAAGUGUCCGCACUGUUG